AUGAGUGUUGUCGCCAGUAGACCCGAGAGCCCUGCUGCGCCCUACACCACCAUCCCUCCGUCGCACUGCAACGAAUUCCCAGUGACCGUCCGGCCUAUUCAAACGCGCACCUCCUCCAUAUCCUCCUACAGGACCAACUACACCACCUCGACCGCGCCAACCGUCUACUCGCCCACCUCACCCACUUCCUCAUACCGCCAGUUCGACUCCGUGGGAUCGUUGCCCAAAUUUGUCGAGCCUGUCCAGAGACGCGUCCCGCAGGAUGUCUACGAUGUGAUUCUCGUUCACCUCGAGUACUUGCACAAGGGACCGUAUCAGACAGGUUGCACGACAUGUUUUCAACGCGACUUGCAUGCCUUGUCCUUGACCUCUCGGUCAUGGGAGAAGGCCGUGAGAGUGAAGCUAUAUAACAACAUUCACAUAGUUGGAAACGAUUCCCCCGUCCAGUUGAAGAAGUAUCGUCUCAAGCGGGGCAGUCGACUGAAGCUGUUGAGACGGACUCUGCGCGAGCGCAAAUUGCUGGCCAAUCUUGUGCGAGAGCUUCGCGUUCCUCAGAUGGAUUUGCUGUUCACGACAACCAAACACAGCGCCCAAUGGCAAGAGUAUCGGGACAUCGUUGCAUCGGUGGUGAUGGUCUGCCCGAACCUCGAACGGCUACUCGGCCUGUCCAUCCCGUACCACCAUGAAUUCGACCGCUUGACCCAUGCCUUGUCGACACGCAAGAGACUCAAAGAGCACACAUGGAUCCUGGGCGAGGCGGCUGAGGUUUCUGAAGUGUCUCCCCGGAGUACCUCCUGCCCAGGGAGCUUGGGGCCAUCGCAGAUGUUUGAAUUCUUGGACUAUCAUGCCUCGUGGUCGAACUUGGAAACCCUCGCUCUCUACAGCCUGAACGAAAGCAAUGCUUUAGAGCCCAGCAUUUUCCUCCGCAUGUUCGAUCUCUUGCCAUCCCUCCGCAAUCUGUGCGUCUCCUCUUUUGACGAGGAGGCUUUUGGCGAUAGCACGCUGUUAUGUUUGCCCCCGCUGGAGUCGUUGCGGUUGGAGAAUCUGCCCGGAGUUACAGAUGCCGGUCUCUCGCAGUACACAUCACGACCGGAAUCCCGUUCGCUAAAGUCCUUCGUUCUGGUCGAGUCAAACAUUCAAUCACUGCUGGUCGUCUCAAAAAUCCUGUCUUCACUCCGACAACUUGAACGACUCAAGAUCGUCCAAACUGGGCAUUGCCCUAUCAUGCCUAGCGAAGGCAUGAUUUUCCAACCCAUCUUUGCCUCCUCGAGUCUGAAAUAUCUUCACUGGGACGUCGCAUGCCCAGACCCGCACACAGCACUCACCCAACUUGAAACUCUUCCUUUCCAAAAACCUAUCAAACACUCCGAUACCCCCAACUCUCACCUCGCCCAAAGUAUCCUGUCGGGCGGGUUCCCUCAACUCGAAACCCUUCGCGCCCCUUCUGACGUGGAGCCUCCGGGUAUGCUGCAAGCAGUCUGUCGGCCCAUCACGAAAGGACAAGCACUCCUUCGACCAGACCGGUAUAGUCUUCCCCGCAGCUCUCACGGCUCUGUCAGUACUCGGCCGCUUGCGCUGCCCGCUGGAAACAACUUGACCUCUUCCCGGAUUCGCGCCCAGACCUUUAUCGACAUGGCUAUCAAGGACACAGAGUCCGGCAUACAGGUUAUCAUUCAAGAUUACUCGGAUAACUACGUGCCCGACAGCGCCAUUCCGGCUUCGUUUGAUGAAGAUCCAGAGCCAGAGCUGGAUGACCCCCCCCCCAAAAAGGCCGGCGCUCCUGCGACAGUCUAUGCGUUCCACAUGCCGGCAUUCAUGGGACGCGUGGGCGUCGUAGACCCCGUAACGGGCGCAUCAAUUCCGAAAUUCCUCCUUCGCCCAGAUAUCCAGGGUCAGGAAGCAGACGGCGGCUUGAUCGGGUGGAAGCAGCUACUUGCAUCAAACCAGUCUCUCACGUACGCUGCAGGCGUCGGCGUCGAUUGCUUCGGCCUCCACCGCAGCAAUACCAACCCGCCUGCCGAAGAUCCGCCGUCGCCGGCUUCCAGUCCACCCUCGCGGUUUGGAUGGGGGAGCAUCGGUCGAUCCAACACCGUCAGCCGGCCAAACACUCUUGGCCGGUCCAAUACUAGUCCGGCCUUACCUUCGACGCCAGCCACGUCCGUCAGCCUCAACUCUGUUGCUGCGUUGCCUUGGGAGAGGGACACUUGCACGGGUUCCUGGAAUCAUAAAAUGGGUCGCGACUGGUGGUUCCAUAUGGAGCGGGAUCGGCCUGGGAACUCGGAUCUCAUCGACACCAAACAACUUUUCUAA